ACGUCAACAUCUAAAUGGAGGUUACAAAUAGGAGGAGGAAGUCCUCGUGCUCUGCAAGCAAGCGCUCUAAUUCCAGUUUUUUCCAUUCUCUUCUCUGUCAAGGAAGAAGUGUGCAGUGAACGGAAGCUGUUCGACGUAUUGCUUCUUACAGAAGUUGUGGUUCUGCUCUGAAGCUUAGAGACGUUGAAAUGAAGGUCAGCGUCGUUACACGCAAUGGGAUGGAGCUCAUCAAUGGCGGCGUGGAGCUCGAUUAUUCCGCAAUGGUGAGCGAUUUGCAGCAGGCAAUUUACUUGAAGAGUAAAAAGUUCUAUCCUGCUAGACAGCGUCUCACCCUCCCCUUAAGAGCUGGAGUGGAUGGGAAACCAGUUGCCCUCAAUCCAAGAAAAAAACUCUCAGAUUAUGCAGAUGGAAAUGAAAAACUUAUAACUGUAGUGUUCAAGGAUUUGGGACCUCAGGUCUCAUACAGAACUCUCUUCUUCUGGGAGUACUUCGGGCCAUUAGUCAUAUAUCCAAUCUUCUACUUCUUGCCAGUGUACAAGUACCUUGGUUAUGAGGAAAGGAAUGAAAAGCUUCCUGUUCAGACCUACGCCUUCUAUUACUGGACCUUACACUACCUGAAGCGCAUCAUGGAGACUUUCUUUGUUCACAGAUUCAGCCAUGCUACAUCACCAGUCUCUAAUGUAUACAGAAACUGUUCAUACUACUGGACUUUUGCUGCAUUCAUUGCUUACAAUGUGAAUCACCCGCUUUACUCUCCUGUCAGCGAGCUGCAAUGGAAGAUUGGUUUUACUUUUGGUUUGAUUUGCCAGUUCUCAAACUUAUACUGUCACAUUAUUCUGAAGCAGCUGAGAGGUUCUGAUGGUGUAGGAGGGUAUCAGAUCCCUCAGGGAUUUUUGUUUAAUUUUGUGACUUGCGCGAACUAUGCAACAGAGAUUUAUCAGUGGCUUGGAUUUAAUAUUGCGACGCAAACGCUGGCUGGAUAUUUGUUUCUUGCAGUUGGGACUUACUUCAUGUAUAAUUGGGCUGUGGGAAAGCACCAGAGAUUGAAUAAGUUGUUUGAUGGGAAAGAUGGAAGGCCAAAAUAUCCUAAAAGAUGGGUCUUUCUUCCUCCAUUUUAUUAAAAAGUUGGAGUUUUUAAUGUUGGCUUCUGUUUUUGCUUAGCCAGUUACAUCUGCAAAUAAACUCUGGCAUUUGGGUUGUUGUAGCAGCUUAUAUGUUGUGUUUUUUCUUUUUAAA